AUGGCCACCGUUCCCCAAUUAGUUGGGCGUUUGUCCGAAGACCCAGUGACCGGAGUACUGGUUCUGGAUUCUCAGUUUGAUGCGACUGAAUACUUUUGGAGUAGUAAAGAGAUCCUGAUGAGCCUGGUGAGCGCAGCAGGGCCAGCGGCGGGCUUCCAGGGCGGGGCACGCCAACGAGACCUCGUCAUGGAUCAGAAAGCCGGGAAGCUAACGUCCGGCUUCCAGCGCAGCUCCACGUCUGACGACGACUCGGGCUGUGCGCUGGAGGAGUACACCUGGGUGCCACCUGGCCUUCGACCCGAACAGGUCCAGUUGUAUUUCUCCUGCCUGCCUGAGGAUAAGGUCCCCUAUGUCAACAGUCCGGGAGAGAAGUUAAGGAUCAAGCAGCUCCUCUACCAGCUACCACCACAUGAUAACGAGGUUCGUUAUUGCCAGUCACUCAGUGAGGAAGAGAAGAAAGAGCUGCACAUGUUCAGUGUCCAGAGGAAGAAGGAGGCUCUGGGGAGGGGCACGAUAAGGCUGCUGCCCCGCAACCUUCUGAACAGCAUCUGUGAGCAUUGUGGUGAAAGCAUCAACGGUGGGGAAAUGGCAGUGUUUGCUUCAAGGGCGAGUCCAGGGAUGUGCUGGCACCCGGCUUGUUUUGCCUGCUCCACAUGCAGUGAACUGCUGGUGGAUUUGAUAUACUUUUACCACGAUGGAAAGAUCCAUUGUGGAAGGCACCAUGCUGAGCUACUCAAACCCCGCUGCUCAGCCUGUGAUGAGAUCAUCUUUGCUGAUGAGUGCACAGAGGCAGAGGGCCGCCACUGGCACAUGAAGCACUUCUCCUGUUUUGAAUGUGAGACGAUGUUGGGUGGGCAGCGGUACAUCAUGAAGGACGGCAGACCAUACUGCUGUGGCUGCUUUGAGUCUCUCUACGCAGAAUACUGCGAGGCGUGUGGGGAGCAUAUAGGCGUUGAUCAUGCACAGAUGACCUAUGACGGGCUACACUGGCAUGCCACCGAGUCCUGUUUCAGCUGCGUCCAAUGUAAGAGCUCUUUACUCGGCUGCCCCUUCCUUCCACACCACGGUCAUAUUUACUGCUCCAAGGCCUGCACUCUGGGAGAAGACGUGCAUGCCUCCGACUCCUCCGAUUCCGCCUUCCAAUCCGCACGCUCGCGCGAGUCCCGCUGCAGUGUGCGUUUGGGCAAGAGCAGUCGCUCGGCCGACCAAUGCCGGCAGUCGCUCCUUUUCUCGCCCUCCGUCAACUACAAGUUCCCCGGCUUAACUGGAAACGCUGAGGACACCCUCACCAACAAGCUCGCAGACGCGUCCUUAUCGGAUGAGCAUUUUUGGAGGGGGCGGAGCGAGGAAACCGAGGCUCUUGAGGACCAGGUGGAGGAGUGGGCUCAGCAUGAAGACUACAUGACUCAGCUGCUUUUAAAGUUUGGCGAGCAUGGGAUCUUUCAGCAAGCCAAUGACUCCAGACCCACAGACUUCUGGGUCACUGAAAAGGAUGCCAAAACAAAGCAUGAAUCCUCAAAAACCAGUAGCGGUGGACAAGGCGGUAGGUGUGGUUUGGUCAGUAAAAAGUACCAGGCAGACAAGUACUGGGCCCAGUCCCAGGAUGGACUAGGGGACUCUGCAUACGGAAGCCAUCCAGGAGCAGCAAGCAGCAGAAAAAUCCAGGAGCUGGAGCUGGAUCAUGGGUCAGGAUGUUUCAAUGGAGAAGAGCCUCAGUGGUACACAGACUCUUUAGAGUGCAUCACCGAUGAAUUAAAGAAGACAGAUCCGAGCGGCCACGAUUCCAUGGAGUCACUAGCUCUUUCUAAUAUUACUGGGGCUUCUGUAUGCGGUGACUAUAUAGCUAGGCCUCAGGUAUUCUCCCUGCAAGGUCUUCACGAAUUUGAGGCAGAAGACUGUGAGAAAACAAGUAAUAUGGGAACUCUUAACUCUUCCAUGUUGCAUAGAAGUGAUAAUUCCCUUAAGAGUUUUGAACAGGAGGAGGAAGUGGAGGAGACUGUUCCACAACAGGAGAUACCCUUGGAGGACAGGCCCAAACCCCAUGUCCCUGCCAUCAGGAGGUCCCGUUCACAGUCUAGGCCCCAACAGGUCAAAUUCUCCGACGACGUGGUGGACAAUGGCCACUACGGCGAUCUUCCUUUGCGUCAACCCCCUAUGAGUGAACGGACUCGACGGAGAGCGUACCACUUUGACGAGCAGAGCCAGAACAUUCAAACGAGUCACCAUAAUCACCAUCACAGACGGAGUCGCAGCCGGAAGUCUCGCUCCGACAACGCUCUGAACAUUUUACCCAAGGAGAGAGCGGCAACGAGCCACAAAGUGGACCACAGAGGAAGCGCCCUCGGACCAAAGGGGCACCGACCCUUCCACGGCCCGCAGCCAGACUACAGGCUGCAGGGACCCGGCACAGGGAGGUUCUUGGGGUUGUAUGCCGAUGAUGAUGACUGGUGCUCUACUUGCUCUUCCUCAUCCUCUGAUUCUGAGGAAGAGGGCUUUUUCCUGGGUCAGCCCAUCCCUCAGCCGAGGCCUCACAGACUCUUUUACACUGGUGACUUGGCCAGCCCUGUAGCAGGAAUGCCAUCUCCUCCUUAUGACCAAUGGACCAAGUCCAAAAAGAAAAAAGGCCACAAAGGGAAAAACUGUAUUAUUUCAUAG